ACAUUUCCGAAAAUUCAUUGCCUGGUUGACAAUUGCCAUCCAUCGCGAAUAUUAAAAAAAUUCAUUGAACGACGAUCAGUAAAGGCCUCCUCCAUCUUUGAAAACCAGACUAGGAAUCAUAGUGAAUUAAGUGAGAAUGUCGUUCCUUUCAUACCGUUUAGCCAGCUCUGUGGCCCGUGCUUUGCCAAAAACAGCAUCACAGAUCGCUGCCAAGGCUGCCUUCCCUGCUGCGUCGAUUGCUUCACGCAAAUUCCAUGUAUCAUGCAGUCAACGCGCUGCCGAAAUUUCUUCCAUUUUGGAGGAAAGAAUUAUGGGCUCAGCUCCAAAGGCCGAUCUUGAAGAAACUGGCCGUGUAUUGAGCAUUGGUGACGGUAUCGCUCGUGUGUAUGGUCUAACCAACAUUCAAGCCGAUGAGAUGGUGGAAUUCUCUUCUGGAUUAAAGGGAAUGGCCUUGAAUUUGGAACCUGACAACGUCGGUAUUGUCGUUUUCGGUAACGAUAAGUUGAUCAAGGAAGGUGAUAUUGUCAAGCGUACCGGUGCUAUUGUCGACGUACCAGUCGGUGAAGAAAUUUUGGGCCGUGUCGUCGAUGCUUUGGGUAAUCCAAUUGACGGUAAGGGUCCACUUGGAACUAAACAACGUUUCCGUGUCGGAACAAAGGCCCCAGGUAUCAUUCCUCGUGUAUCUGUACGCGAACCUAUGCAAACUGGUAUUAAGGCCGUCGAUUCAUUGGUACCGAUUGGUCGUGGUCAACGUGAGUUGAUCAUUGGUGACAGACAGACUGGUAAAACUGCUUUGGCCAUCGACACCAUCAUCAACCAAAAGCGUUUCAAUGACGGCCAGGAGGAAUCCAAGAAAUUGUACUGUAUCUACGUUGCCAUUGGCCAAAAGAGAUCAACUGUUGCCCAGAUUCUUAAGCGUUUGACAGACAGUGGUGCUAUUGGAUAUACCAUUAUUGUAUCCGCUACCGCCUCCGAUGCUGCUCCUUUGCAAUAUUUGGCUCCUUAUUCUGGUUGCGCCAUGGGAGAAUUCUUCCGUGACAACGGCAAACACGCAUUGAUCAUCUACGACGAUUUGUCCAAACAGGCUGUCGCCUACCGUCAAAUGUCCCUAUUGUUGCGUCGUCCACCAGGUCGUGAAGCUUAUCCCGGUGAUGUAUUCUACCUUCACUCCCGUUUACUCGAACGUGCCGCCAAGAUGUCGCCAACUCUCGGUGGUGGUUCAUUGACCGCUCUGCCAGUCAUUGAAACCCAAGCUGGUGAUGUGUCCGCCUACAUUCCCACCAAUGUCAUUUCGAUCACUGACGGACAGAUCUUCUUGGAAACUGAAUUGUUCUACAAGGGUAUCCGACCAGCCAUCAACGUCGGUUUGUCUGUAUCCCGUGUCGGUUCAGCUGCCCAGACCAAAGCCAUGAAACAAGUCGCUGGCUCCAUGAAAUUGGAAUUGGCCCAAUACCGUGAAGUAGCUGCUUUCGCCCAGUUCGGUUCCGAUUUGGAUGCAUCCACACAACAAUUGUUGAACCGAGGUGUUCGUCUUACCGAACUCUUGAAACAAGGACAAUACGUUCCAAUGGCUAUUGAAGAACAAGUUGCCGUUAUCUUCUGUGGUGUCCGAGGCUAUUUGGACAAAAUGGAUCCAUCCAAGAUCACCAAAUUCGAAACAGAAUUCUUGCAACAUGUCAAGACAAACGAAGCUGCUCUUCUCAAGCAAAUCGCCACCGAUGGUCAAAUCACCGAUGCAUCAAACACCAAGCUUAAGGAUGUUGUCACAAAAUUCUUGAGCACAUUCUCACAGUAAAUGUUGCAUUAAUAGUCAGUAUAUCCGAAAGCCAAUUAUAAUGGUAAAAUGUGAAACAAAUUUCUAUUAACAUCAAAAAAAGGCAUUCAUUUGCAUCCACAACACACAAACCGUUGUUUGUAUUUUUAAUUUACUUGUUAUGUAAUCAGAGGAGCGAACACUUUUUUUCGAAACCUAUAAGAAUGUGUAGAA